AUGAACCCACUUAACAUUUUCAACACUUACUGUCUCUACUUUUUGGCAGCGCCAACCGCGACCACCAACACGAAAGCGUCGGCAACCUUCCAGUAUCGCAAUCGAGUUGCUGCAACAACAGUAGACAACAAUAUGACCAACAACAACCACAGCAGCGCUAAAUACAAUUUGAAAUGGACAAUUCGCAGCGCUUGGCAGGCGGCAUCACCGCUUCACGCACCCACUCGCAACGGUCGCGUGGAUGGCGUGUCACAUGUGCUCAUUCAUCACACCGCAACACCAGCGGCCGCAUGUCGACGCAACGCCAACGCAUGUGCAGCCACCGUACGCGCCACACCACGCACGCAUCAGCAGGGACGCGGUUGGGAUGACAUCGGUUACAAUUUCCUAAUCGGUGGCAGUGAUGACCGCGCCGAGAUUUAUGAAGGGCGUGGCUUCGACGUUGUGGGGGGGACACAUGCUGUCGACUACAAUGCGCGGAGUGUUGGAAUCGCUCUAAUUGGCGAUUGGACAGACACUCUACCGCCUAGCGCUAUGUUGGUUAAACUGCAGAAACUUAUAAUUUACGGCGUGCAAGUGGGUUACAUUCACCGAAGCUAUGCACUGCCAGGCCAUCGCCAAGUGAAAGGCACAUACUGUCCGGGUAACCGCCUGUGCAAUGAGUUGAAAGAGUGGGCGCACUAUGCGCCAUCAUGCCACAUGAACGUGGAUGAAAGGAAAAAGUAA